AUGGGUCACAGUCAUUAUGCCCCAACAAAUGAGGCAAUGGAUGACUUUUAUGAAGAGUUGAAGGCUGUGUUUGGGAACUUGCCAUGCAAGGAUGUUAAGAAUGAAAUGGAAGACAUGAAUGCUAAGGUUGGUACAGACAACACUGGCAGAACCGAGGUAAUGGCUAGACAUGGCUCCAUAAACAAGUUCUGAGAUCAAGAAUGCUACGAAGAAGCUUACAGUGUGAGAGUGGAAAGGCACCAUGCUGUGACUAUAUACACCAGAGGUGAGCAAGGCUAAAGAUGAGGUGUCAGAGGAGGUUCUUGUGGGCUUUUGCAACUGGAUAUGGAAUGAGGAGAAGGUGCUGAAAAAAGGGAACAAGGGUGUGUUAAUCAAGCUACAAAAGAAAGGCAAUCUGAGCCACAGUAAAAGCUGA